GAAUUGUGCCUCUGCUUCCAACACUUUGUACUAAAAAAGACGAUGUAACUUGAGCAUGCAUAAGGCACUCUCGGCUCUAGGAAGAGCUGCUCUUUCCUCCUGGUGGUUACAAUCUGGCUUUCCACUCCUUAGCUUCUUUAUUUUACUGAACUGCUUGUUUCCCUCAAAAUACCUGCAAAGGCUCUUCUCUUUAUAGUAUUCCUGUGCCUGCAUCUUCCUUGUAGUUUUCUCCUUGUAAUCUUUCAGGUUGAAGGUGACAGCGGCUGAGCCUGAAAUUUAUUGUGAACAAGUAGCUUUGGAAAUCAAAAUGUUGUAUACUUCUAAAGUCUCUCCAGUUUGUUACUCCUCAUUCUUUCUUCUGCUCUGACAUGAUUUCAGCCCAGCAUUGGCAAUGGGCUAGGUGGACUCUUACAACUCUAAUUCUACAGUUUAACAUUUUGCUUUGACACCAGGGCUCAUGCUUGAAACAACAAGAACCUCCAUACAAUCUCUUGGGCAAGCCCAGGAUUGUUCACUUUCCAAAAUCGGUGCAAGAGAUGUUAGGUAUACCGUCACAUCAUUGCUUAAUUACUUCUUUAAUUUUUUACCUGACUUUUGUAAUCUCAGGACCGUCCUUAUGCACAAGAUGAUUACAAAGAUAACCUGUAGAUUGGGAAGAUGUGUGUCCACUGUGGCAUGUAGGACCACCCAGGUGAGAAGAUUUCUGCAUGGUGCUUAUUUCAGGAUUCAGCCCUCCGUACAGGAAGCCCUGAUGGAGGGGAGACCAGUUGUAGCCUUGGAAAGCACCAUCAUUACACAUGGCAUGGCCUAUCCUCAGAAUCUAAGCAUGGCCAGAGAGGUAGAAAAAAUUGUAACAACAAAUGGAGCAGUUCCAGCCACUAUAGGUAUUUUAAGGGGUCAAAUCCACGUGGGACUCACAGAUGAGGAACUUCAGUUCUUGGCAAGCAGUAAAAAUGUAGUUAAAGUGUCUCGGAGAGAUCUUCCUUAUGUCCUCAGCCAGGGCUUGUCCGGUGGCACUACCGUGUCCGGAACAAUGAUUGCAGCACACAAGGCAGGAAUUUGUGUGUUUGUGACAGGAGGCAUCGGAGGUGUCCAUCGGGGAGGAGAGAACACUCUGGAUGUGAGUGCUGACUUGACAGAGCUAGGACGAACUCCAGUUGCUGUUGUAUCUGCAGGAGUCAAGUCUAUCCUUGAUAUUGGCAGGACACUGGAAUAUCUGGAGACCCAGGGUGUCUGUGUGGCUGCCUUUGGGGAGUCGAGGGAGUUCCCAGCCUUCUUCUCACGCCAGAGUGGCUUCAAGGCACCAUAUCAUGUCCAGGAUGAAGAGGAGGCAGCUAAACUCAUCGCCAGCGCUCUGGGGCUAGGCCUGAGCAGCGGGGUGCUGAUAGCAGUGCCCUGUCCUCGGGAGCGAGCUGCCUCAGGCCAGGUUAUGGAAGAAGCCAUCCAGCAAGCUCUCAGCGAAGCCAGGUCCAAAGGGAUUACAGGUAAAGAACUGACCCCUUUUAUGUUACAGAAGAUCAAUGAAUUAACUGACGGAAAAUCACUGGACUCAAACCUUGCUCUGAUCAAGAACAAUGCCAGAGUGGGCAGCUGCAUUGCAGUGGCCCUGAGCAAGCUGCAGAAAGCCACAAGGAAGGGGAACCUGCCUCGGCAAGAGGACACAACCCCACCUCAGCCAGUGGUGAUUGGAGGUAUCAACGUUGACUUUAUAGCCAAGGCGCAGAACUCUGUUAUUCUGGGUGGUGGGCAAACGAAUGCUGGAAGAGUGAGACGAACUUUCGGCGGCGUUGGAAGAAACUUGGCAGACUGCUUAAGCCGCCUCGGGCUGACUCCUCUCUUUCUGUCUGCCAUGGGGAAGGACGAACACUCAGAGUCCAUCCUGCACUACUGUCACCACAUGGACAUGAGUGCCAUCCUGCAGCUGGAGAAGAAGAGCACAGCCACUUACUGUGCUGUGAUCACCAGUGCUGGGGAGCUGAGUGUUGGCUUGGGAGAUAUGGACAUCCACCACCAGAUAACAGAGCAAUACGUGUCCCAGUUCAAGGAGAACCUGUGCCGGGCCCCGCUAGUCUGCGUUGAUGGAAACGUGCCUCUGUCCACUAUUCAGUACAUCUGCCAACUAGCUAGGGAGCAUCAGCUAACAGUGUGCUUUGAGCCAACAGAUGAGAACAAGGCCUCUAAGCCAUUCCUCUCAGACAGCUGGAAAGCACUCACGUACAUUUCCCCCAACCUCCAAGAGCUAAGAGCAAUAAAUCGGACCCUUGGGAACCCUCUGCCAGCAGAGCUGCCGUCCAGGUUGGAGGACGUUAUCAAGACGGCCAUGGCCUUGGCCCGCCCAUUGCUGGCCCACCUGUGCUGCGUGGUGGUGACCCUGGGCGCUCACGGCGUCCUUCUCUGUGGCAAGAGCCUGGGAGGGAGCAUCUCGCUUCGUCCAGCAGCUCACGAGCAGCCUGCUGCUGCCAGUCUCUGUGCCACCCACUACCCCGCCAUCCACAUCAGCGGGGAGGAGAUAGUCAAUGUCUCAGGAGCUGGUGACAGCUUAAUGGCAGGAAUCCUUGCAGGGAUGCUCGCUAACCACGACACAGACACCUGUGUCCGGAUGGGUCUGCUGGCUGCGAGCUUGUCCCUCCGCUCCUACGAGCCCAUUUCUCCAGAAAUCAGCACUGCCACUGUCAGCUGGGAACAAGUCCAGGGCAAGACCUGGCCAGCGGCGAAGGUAUGGAAGAUGGACUAGGUCACCAUGGCUCUCUCAUCCAUCACCUCCUCACACACCCAGCACUGCCAUCUCCAGGAACCGGGCCACGUUCUGAGCUUCAGGCUCAAAAGCCGGCUGCUGACUAGAGGACUUGAACUUCUGGGGCAUGCUGCUUUUUGGGAGGUGUCAAUGGAGCGCACCUGGUGACAACGUGUGACGCGCUGUUCCCAUUCAUGUCUGUCUGCUGUUGUUUCCUCCCUCUCCCUCUCCUUGAGGUACAGCAACCACAGAUUGGGUCUUCUGUGUCCUGCCUGUCAGUAGUUUCUCACAUUCCCCUCUAAAGGGAGCACUCACCUGUUUUGGUUUGGAGGUAACCCUCAUGGAAGGAGGCCCCAACUCAACAAACUUUUUUGUAAAGAGAAGCUGGUUUCUGAUCUUUUAGACCUCCAGCUUCCCUGAAGCUCCAGUCCUCCUAGACUUUCUAUUGAGGGAAUUUCCCCUUCCUCUACCUCGUGCCACUGUUGUCCGUUAUCAUGGUAGCUCCUCUGUCACUGACUCCCAGAUUCCUGGGACCACGUCUCCUCAGGCGGGCCCGGCAGCAACAGCCCCUCCUGCUGCUCACUCUUGGUUUCUGUGGCGGGCCGCAGCCCGUGUUGAGCCCCAGCUGGCAGGAGCAUAACGCUGUAGGACUUCCUCAUCGGUCUUCCCAAGCCAGCCAGCAAACGCCGCACUUUCUUGCUCUUUAUUAGCAAGGACAUCUACAUUUAGAUCAGUUUUGUACAAAUUUGGUCUGGGCCACAGCCUUUAGACAAGCAGCUAGUGCAGCCUGACACCAGCUGCCACCAACUGGUGUCCAUGUUCAUCGUCGUUAACAGCUGCGUGAGAAAAUACCUGUGCUUUGUUCGUGUUUCUUUGUUGUCUGUACGGAAAUCAGCUCCCUGCCCUCCUGCUCGCUCCUGCCUUCCUUUUGUUCACACCUCGGGGUGGGCUGGCAGCUCCACGGAAGAGCCUGGUGCGGUAGAUGGUUUUCUUUUUUAACUUAUAAACCAUGGUGGGCACACAGGGCUUUGGUGAAUGCUGAAACUAAUUACAGCUCAUUUCCAGUGGAGCUGGGCCGCGGUGCUGGCUGGUUUUUGAAGCUGAUGCGUAGCGAGCCUGCAGCGCAGACUCACCCUUCGCUCCAUACCGAGGUCACCCAGCAGCGAGGACCAGGACGGAGGCGCAGGUCUCUGGUGGCCACCGGGGCACAAAAGCUGACUGACGCUUGGUCAGGGCAGCUCUAACACCGCUCUCCCGUGUGGGCUCUGCUGUUUAAAGGAGCCCCAUGGCAGCGAGUGGAGGCAUUCACUGGGUUUCUUUCCUCUCCCAGACCAG